AUGCAAAAUCUUGUAAGAUCGGACUUAACAAGAAUAAUAGAAAACGAGAUUCAAGAAAACUGCCAAAAUAGUGUUGAUUUCUCGGAGAUUACAAUAGAUAAAAGAUACAUUAGAAAAAAAAGAGAAAGCAGAGCUGCGCAGAAGCGUUAUAGCGUGAAUCGAGAGGGAGCAGCAAGUGUAGAUAUGGUAAGAGAUCUCAAAAAACAGGCCAAGCCUUUUCAUGAGAGUUUUCUUUGCAUAAAGGUUGAGCCGAAUACCAAAAGUGUGGCAUGCCAAAAUGAUUUUUCAUCGUCCGGGGAACAUUUUGACUUAAUUGAUUUAGAUUCAGAAUUUGAAGAGGAAAUAAUUCAUUCUACAUCAAAGGAAGAAAAGCCUCUACAAGCUCAUUCUCCUCACAAACGAAAUAGCCUAAGAACACCAAUUAUUUUUACCCCUGAAAUGCUUGACAAAAGAGAAAACCCUCAAAAAUACUCACUUACCGAUAACGAUAAACCUAAUCAAAAACUUUUGCCAACAAUUUCAUAUAAAUUUUCAGCUGAUCUAAGCGUUUCCCAAACUUCAGGAGGCUAUUUCACUAUUAAUAACAACUUAGGACUAAAGGAAAACACUAAUGAGAAUGGCUCAGCUCAAUCUGCAUCUCCAUUGAGGAAACGGGUGCUAAAACACGCCACAAAAAUUCCGAACUUUGCUCAAAUAAAUCUAAACCUUCAAAAUAAUAAAAAUCAUCAAAAAGGUGUAGCAUCUGAAGAUUGCUCACCUGCUGCUGACCCAUUCUUCUCAAGCUACUCUUCUUUUGGGUUAGGAGAAACAAGACCAACAACAAUUAAUAAAUUUUCAUAUAGAAAAAAAGGGAAAGAUGAAUCGUUGGCUUUUAAUAUUAAAAAGCUCUUUGAAGGAGAACAAAAAACACAGUCACUUUCCCCAGCGAAAAUAAGAGAGAAGCAUUUAAUGCCCUUAUCAAGAUUAAAAUGAAAUUAA